AUGGCGGCAGAGUUUGAGCUCGGGAAAUGCAAGUUGCUGAGAUCAAAUGCCGAUUAUUUGCACCAAGUGAUUCAAAUUUACUACAAAAAUAGCGGAAAUGAACAGUCAGGUGAACUAGUAUGGACUGAUGGAGAAAGAGUGUGGUUGUCAUUAAUGAAAUUUACCCGCAAAUGGGAAGGAGAGGAUUUUUUAGCACAGGAACGCUGUCUAGUUGGAGAAUUCGAAAGUCUUGUUAUAGGAAUAUCAUGCAGUGCGCUGAUCAGAGAUUCUACUGGAUAUUACAUUGCAGUUGUUCUAAAGAAAAAAAUUGUUGUUCUGUGGAGAAAGAUCGGGGAAGCUUUCGUCACCCUGGUGAAAGAUUACUUUGUGGAAUGUUUACCUCGAGGUUCUGAGUGGCAUCCUGAUAUUCCAAUGCUUUCUGUGCUCUCCAAAACAUCGGCGGUAUUAUUAUGUUUUUCGGAAGAACACGAUUGCAAUGUCAUCUCAAUACAAACUUCACACAGGUAAGCUGUAUAUAAAUCCAUUGGCAUUAGAGAAGAAAGCGUUAAUUUAUACUGCAAGAUAACAAAAUAGUUACCAUGAACUUCAUUAUAAUUAUAUACAACUCGUAACCUGAAAAUCACAGUGUACCGUGUACUGCAGUGUGAAAUAUUGACCAGCAACAGACUGAGGGGAUUCCACAAAUAUAGCUGAUGGUUAUUCUGAGCUUGAAUUGCCAUAGAAUUGUCAAAAACUUCGAAAAUUCUUGAAAGGCUUUUUUUGUGUGUUUGGCUUCGUUACUGACGGCUAAGCUGAUCAAAUGACCAAGCAGGAUUUUCUUGUAGGGAUUCUGAACAUGUCAGUAGCAUUCUUCUUACUGAAAGGGAAAAAGUUAAAAAUAGCAACAAAUAAAAUAAGAUCAGCAACAACAAUGCUAAAAAAUUACUGGAAACUAAAUGUACUUAACCCUAAGAGUGACCAGCUUCUUAUUUCUCUUUACUGUAGUAUGAUAAUAAUUAAAAUCAUGAGUAAAUGGCGAUCACCAACCGAAGAAGCUUGGAUUGUUAAACAAAUUCUCCUAGUCAGCAUCAAGGGAAAGACAGUCUAACCUGUAUUAAAUGUUAUUAUAUUUAAUGGUUACCCCAUUUUAAAUUGUUGGUUGUCAAAGUCCCCAAAAUAUUUUUCUUUAAGUACUGUAAUUUUCACCUCUAUUAAGUGGUAGCGCAUACCUUAAACUGAGUCCCAAUGGCCGGUUUUUUUUUUCCACCUGUAUUGAAUGUUCAUUUAUAGUAGAAUCUCUCAAAUAAAACUUAAAAAUGAUCUUGCAAGUCAAUUUAUUUCAUAUUUAUCUCCUGAAAUCAAUGUUAGCACUUUGAGUUUGAAUGUCCUUAAGGUAUUGCAGAUUAUCAUUCUUCUUAGGACUGUUAGGACAAAAUAGUGGAUUUUAUUGCUUUUGACCCCUAUUUUGUGGAACCUGAAUAAGCAAUCAGUCUGUACUAGGCAGUAACCCUGUCAUUCCCUGUGGGUAAUAGCUUAAUACAGGGUUUGACAUUAUAUAGAAAAGAGUAUGGUGAUUAUGCAAUUGAUGUUAAGGUCAUAAAGGGUUUAAACAACCAAACAUGACAUGGCAAGGAUCCAAUCACCACUCAUGAUGCUCUUAUUUUUACCUGUCAUUCAUCUGGUUUUUUAGAAAUUUACGCACCUGUGCUUGGAGUAAGGAUGGAAGAAGUCUUGCUGUAGCAGUAGAGGACAGUUUGAGUAUAUUUUCAUGGAGAGACCCGAGCAAACCUAAUCACUUUACUUGUACACAGUGGAACAGUCUCCAAGUGGUUGGUAAAAUAAAUUGCAUUGUUCCUUGGGAAAGGUCAUCAUUCAUCAUUGCUACAGAACUUCCUCUGGAUAGGCUAUGUUGUAAUAUUGAAAAGGAUGGUGAUCUUUUUGAGACAGAAAAUUUUCAAGAUCUUGAUGGAAACAAAGGCGCUGAUUCUAGUGGCACUUCCAUUGCUUCUUCAGAAGAUUUUGAUUUUACCAUUCUUGCUAAAUGUGUUGAUCAAGGUAAAAAUUCAUUGUUACACCUGAAGCUAAAGAAACCACAAUCUGAAGCCUCUGACAGAUUUGCACAAAUCAUUGCUUUAUGUUGUGAAGACGUGAAGCCAAGAGAAGUCUGUAGGACCAGUAUAAAAGGACUUGUUUCUCCUGAUCUGCUGUUGUUUCAGGUUUGUAUUCUCCUAUGAUAAUAUAUGACACAGUAAAGGAUUGAUGUGCUGCAUGCACCAACUUUGGCAUCAAUUUCAAAACACUGAGGCUAAUGAGUCUGGCUCAACUAAUUAGAUGAUAGACCAGAGGUAGUUGUAAUUUUUCAAAAGGUUACUUUGGUAAGAAAUUAUCAAAAUGAAAAUAGUUAACGGCAGGUACUGGGCACUGCACCCAACUGAUUAAGUGAUUUCUGAAUAUGUCUUUAAUUUUAAUGAAAAACAGUGGUCUGAGUUUUUAACCCAUAUUUAAUGCCCAAGUUGCAAAUGGAGGUCAGGUGCUCAAUUUGCCUCUAAAAUCCUGUGCAAUUUUUAUUUAUGUCCUUUACCCUGCCAGAAACUCAGCUAAGAAUGUAUAAAAUAAUGUCAGGCCAGGUCAUCUAGUACCUCUGUACAUGUAAUAUUACAUGUACAGCUCUUGCAGGCACAUAAAUUAUUGAUAUAUGUACCUGUAGAAGAUUAAGAUUUUAAGCUAAAAAUGUACAGAAAAUUACAAAGUAACAUUGGUACAAGAAUUAAGACUUGAUAUCUCUUUUUCCUCAGAGUACAACAAAGACAGUUGUGGUUGGAAGCCAUUGCUCAAACAAACUUCAUAUCUACACAUUAAGCACAUCAGACACCACAGAGAAAACUAAUUUGGUGGAAAACAGAAAGUUCCUUACUCUGGAUCCACACUUAAAACCUAAAGGAAUUUGUUUCCUUCCUGGAUACACCGAUGACAUCCUUGUGUUACUUGGAAAACCCAGAGAAGUAUCAAACAUGGUGGCAUUUCCACCAUCUGCAAUUUAUGAGCAUUAUGAUGUAAGUUUGAAGAGUUUCAGUGCUGUUCUCAAUGAAGGAAACAAGCAGUUGGAGAACAAGUGUGAUAAACAAAAAAGCCGCAAUCAUUAUUUUGAACUUGAAGAGGAAGUAACCAGCAAUGGAAGUACUAAUUGUGAUGUUCCAGUCCCAAACAAUGACUGCUCACUGACAUUGAGGCUUCCUGGUGGAAGUAUUUUUAAUGGACACAGUGAAUCAGUCCAAGACAUGAUGACACCCUUAAUAUCAGAGUUGGAACUCAAUGAGGAUAGAAGGUUACCCACAAACUCCAAGGCAACUUUAGAGGGUAAGACACAGACAACAGUAUAAACUAUGGUAAUCGAGACUAAUUCAAUUAAUCAAAAUUAAAAAAUUAGUUUUGACAUAUAAAAAGGUUUACUUCCUUUUCUUUCAAUUUUUUCUCUUAGUUUCAGGAUUCACUUGUACUGACAUAUUAUUUCUUUCUAUUUUAACUGAAAAAGCAACAAUUCAAAGAAACUGUUCAGUUGCCAAUCUGAUUGAGAAUACCUUGCAACUGAUAAAAAUUUCCUUUGAAGGGACUGUGGUAUUUUAUAAAUCUGUAAUAAUUAUCAUCAUUAUCAUCAUCAUCAUCGUCAUUUUAUCUUUUAGCCACUUAAGAUAUAAUAUUUAUACAGGUUUAACAGUAUGGCAGGGUGAGGAGACCUCCAAGAAGCCACCAGGCUUAUUGGGGGAAGCCACCUUGGUUGUAAAUAUGUUUGUAACUUAGUUUUGGAUGUGGAUGUGCAGCUUGGCCAAUUCAGACUCAUUUCAUUAAAAAAAAAAUCAUUUAUCUUUCAAAAGUAAAAAAGCUAGUCAAACCAGUGAUCAAUAUUGGGAGAGAAUUCCAAAUUUUAGGACCUUGGUAGAGUAUUGUAAAUUGUUUAAGAUUAGUAGGACAGUUAUUUGGUUGAUAGCAAUUGGCUAUUCUUGUAUCAUAAGUGCGUACUUGCCUAUUUGUAGGGAACAAGCUGAGAAACAUCAGAGGCAAUACUUGAUUAUGAUAAUAAAACAUAAAUUUAGCUAUUUUUGAUGUGCUGACUUGGAAAAGGUCUAAGAUGCCCAAUUUAGCAAAUAAAGGGGCAGUGUGCUCUCAACAGUCUGAGUUGUUAAUCACUUGCACCACACGUUUUUGUAAAUAAAAAAUUAUAUUUAAGUUCGUCGCAUGUGGACGAUCAGGUUGAAUUACAGUAAGUGAUAUAUGGGUAAAUUGACGUAUAGUACAGAGUAAGCUUAGUCUUAGAUGAAUAGUAUAAUUAGCAUCAAAUGUUAUACUGACUGACUCAGGGAUUUGUUUAGCUACGAAGCUAAUGUAAGGUUUCCAUGUUAAAUUCUCAUAAAUGUAAACACCUAAGAAUUUUGUUUCAUUUACUUGUUUCAAUGCUUGAUUUCCAAAAGAUAGGGAAAAAGAUUUACCAAGUUUCUUCUGCCUUGAUUUAAAAAUAAUGUUACUUGUUUUCUUAAUAUUUACUGAAAGCUCAUUGCAUUUAUUACCACUCUGUAGUUGUUAAAAAAUUAAAAUGAAGGUUGAUAUGUAAUGUUAAAUUAAUUUGUAAGUAAAGUUUUUCUCUUCAAUUUUCAGAAACCCUAACCAGUUGGUCUAAAGAAAUACAGGAUUUAAAGGCAACAGUAACAACAUUUGAAUCACAGACAAACAAAAGGCUCUCUGCAUUGGAGACAAGGAUAAAGAUAUUUACUUUAGGUCAAAAAGAAGAUUACAGCCAGAAUUUGUAUCCAUUACAAGAAAAAGCAGGUGCAUGAUAGUUUUAGUUCAUCAAAGUAUUCCAAGUCCAGUAAAUAAUCUUUAUUAACCUUUUUUCCCCUAAGAAUGACCAUCAUCUCCUUACAAUAUUACCCCUGAAUCAAACCUUAAGGUCGCAAGUAUAAAGGAAGUCGAAUGCAACUGACCCAACAAAAUCCCCAAUCCCCCCUCCAUGCCCAGACGCAAGUCGUAUUAUAAUUACGAGAACGUGAUUCCAAAGUUGUUUUUGGUGUAGCCUUUAAUCAAUAGACGCUCUUUUGAAAUUGUUUUGAUUGGUUCAAUUUUGCUCUUGAACAGAAUUCGUUUGUGUAGUUUGGACUGACGAACUAACUGGUGCCGUGGAGCAGGAAAAUUUCCUGCUCGACAAAGGGCGACUGAAGCUGCAGACAAUACAAGAAGCUUUUAAUGCUUCUCUCAUCAGGAUAUAUAUUGGUAAGAGAUCUCAUUACAUGGCUCUAGAAUAGAUGGAUACAUUUGCUACAUGGAUAUCCUUACGAAGUAAGGAGACAAAUAAAUCAGAACAAUUUUUUUUUUUUUUAUUUCAAUGGAUUAGGGAAAUGGUAACUUUUGCGCUCGGUAAUAAAAUAGAGAACGGUGUUUUCUUGUUUUUCUUUCACGAGUGUAGGACAAAGAAAAAGUUCUCAGGCCCCUUGAGAUUUGUUGACGUACAUGACACUUUCGAUUAGGCUAAGCCAAGCAGAUUGUAGUUGGCCACCCAGGGAGUACUUUUCCCGCGCUUUCCACUAUUAUUAGUUGGUAACCAAUCAGAAAAGGGCCGCUGUUUUUUGACCAACUAGGAUAAAUUGAAUCCCUGCAAUGAAAACUUUCGCGCGCUUUUAACCAAUUGCGCCUUUCCUUCAAAAGACAUCGCUUUAUGCGCCCCAUUUUGUCAUAUGAUAAUUAAAAAGAUUAGUAAAACUAUUUUUGUUCCUGUUUUAGGUGAUGUACCUUGUAUUGUUUCCUCUGGAGAAGGUGAUUUCGUCCCAAUACGUUUUAUCAGCGGCUCCACGGUUCAAAUGUGUGGACAUUCUAAACAUCACUCGGCGAACACAUGAACUUAAACUUCUUACUUGAAUUAAUUCCAUAUAGUUGACACGCUGCGGUGAAAUACGAGGGAGUGCCAGGUUUUGUGGUUAGGAAGAGAAGAGAUCAAGACUUAUUUCCCUUUUUACUCCUUUAACUCCCCUUGCGCCACGCCUUCUCUCAAUAUGGGCAGGAAGCAGACUAAAACUACAGGCUAGUCAGCCAUUUUAGCCGGUUACUUUCACCUCAUUAUACCAUAGGUCCUGAUGAAAAAUCGCAAAAAAUUUGAAAAACUAUCGAAGAAAUUUUUUUCAUCCGCCAUUUCCUAAUGUGAGUUGAAUCGAAUGCAUAAUGUUCCAGUAAAAGGUUUAUAUGUGUAUUAUGAUUCCUUGUUCAGAAUUUUCUCGGUGGUGUGCGCAAUUUUCUUGGAAAGCAUGUGACAUUUUAACUGAGUUGAUCCAGGACUAGCGCGUAAUCUGACAAAAAAGUAACGUCCAUGAUAACUUAGCCACCAACGAGUGCUGUUUGCGGUCCACUGUCAAACUUAUAGACCACCCUGUUCACCAGGCUUGCAUCAUUUAACUUGCGUCUAGAAAUGGGCCAUUCACUAGGUGCCAGCAAGGAGAUCUUUCACUUCAAAAUUUUUGUGACAAUUUGAAGUUUAGACUGUAAGGAUAUGGAUGGAGACAGAGGAG